UAGGUUUGAAAUAAAUAUAUUAAAGUUAGGUAUUGCUGAACCAAUCAAAAAUAAUUCAACCUUGAUUGAUUAUUUUAGGAUAAGAAUGAUUUCAAAUAAUUCCCAUCAACAUAAGUAUUUCAAUAUGAUGUUGAAAAGAAAGAUGAAUGAUGUUAGAAAGUUGUGGAUUUGUUAUUAACUAGUUAUGGAACAGUAAUUGGGGAUCUUGUAUGUAAUAUAAUGAGAAUGCCAUCUUUUAUAAUAUACAAUUCCUUAUGGAGGUAUUUUAUUUGUUUGGUAAUAUAUCUAUUGGUGUUGCUAAUUACACAAUUAAUAAUCCAUAAGUUAAUUUUUUAGUAUUAUUUAUAAAAAUUUUCAUUUUAGUAAGACUACAUAAAAUAUAGACCUCAUUUAACUGAAAUAAUCAAUCAGAUACCUAUCUAUGUAAUAAAAUAGGCUUCUUUGGGAUUAGAAGGGGCUUAUCAGACAGCAUAUAGAUUAUUAGAGUAUAAUGAUUACUUAAAAGAAAUUUGA